UGGAACAGACGGUAAGUGAGCUCGAGCGAGCGGACUUAAAAUGCGGGUUUGAGAAAGACCGAGUGCGAAUUCAGAGCCGAAAGUAAAACCGGGAACAUGGAUGGGGCCGGCGAGUGAGUUGGGAGGCUUCAUAAACUCACGGUGUCCGCCCCAAACGCUCAAUCAGGAGCCAUAUUUCCCGCGUUUAACUGGACGACGGCUGAGGUCUAACAGCAAAAAAACUGCGGAUGCUGGAAAUCCAAAACAGAAACAGAAAUACCUGGAAAAACUCAGCAGGUCUGGCAGCAUUGACGGAGAACGUUUCGAGUCCUCAUGGCCCUGUUGACAAACUGUUGAAGGGUCAUGAGGACUCGAAACGUCAACUGACGGCUAAGGUCUAUUUUCCAGAAGUAGGCCCCAGCUAACGGCCGCCAUCUUUAUUGGGAGCAAUGAGCAACUGUGAGCAUGUGCGGCCGCCAUCUUUGUGAGGGGCAAGGUCCAACAGGGUGCACGCGUGGCCGCUGUCUUUACAGAGGCAGGAAACCCGGAUGAAUGACCCGCAGGAGGCACAACAAAUCAGAGAUAGAGUGGUGUGAAAUCAAUGGGUUGUUGUAAAAGAGGAGAUCAGGAGAAUUAGAAAGGGAGGAUUUGCAGACGAGAAACUCAAACCAAACAUCACAUUAAGAUCUGACACAGUCACUCGAUUCAUCAGGACCUGAAUAUCAUCAGCCUUUGAAUGUGUAAGGAGAAAUAUUUGUCUGUUCUAUCUUUGGGAAAAGAUUUCAAACAUCUGUGUGACGGGAAAAGCAUUGAGACACACACACACCCAAGUGAGAGUGUUCCAGUGAACUGACUGUGGAAAGAGCUUUAACCAGUUACACAGCCUGAAAUAACUUUACACCAUUCACACUGGGGAGAAACUGUACACGUGUUCUCUGUGUGGACAAGGCUUCAACUGAUCAUCAAACCUGGAGAGACACGGGAACACAUGCACCAUGGAGAAACCGUGGAAAUGUGAGGACUGUGGGAACGGAUUCAAUUGUCCUUCCAAACUGGAAAUCCAUCAACGCAGUCACACUGGGGAGAGGCCGUUCACCUGCCCGGAGUGUGGGAAGGGAUUCACUCAGUCAUCCAACCUGCUGAGACACCAGCGGUUACACACUGGAGAGAGACCGUUCACCUGCUCUGAGUGUGGGGAACGAUUCACACAGUUAACCAGCCUACUGAGACAUCAGCCAGUUCACACUGGGGAGAGGCCAUUCACCUGCCCUGUAUGUGGGAAAGGAUUCACUGGGUCCUCUGAGCUGCUGACACACAAGCGAGUUCACACUGAGGAGAGGCCAUUCAGCUGUACUUCCUGUGGAAAGAGAUUCAGGUCUUCAUCCAACCUCAAUGCACACCAGAGAAUUCACACUGGGGAGAGGCCAUUUACCUGCUCCGAGUGUGGAAACAACUUCACUCAGUUAUCAGCACUACGGACACACCAGUGGGUUCACACCGGGGAGAAGCCGUUCACCUGCCCUGAGUGUGGGAAGAAAUUCACUCAGUCAUCCAAACUGCUGGCACACCAGCGGGUUCACACUGGAGAGAGGCCGUUCACCUGCACGAUGUGUGGGAAAGGAUUCACUGGGACCUCUGACCUACGGCAACACUAUCAAACUCACACUGAGCAGAGGCCGUUCAGUUGUAACUUCUGUGGAAAGAGAUUUGGGUAUUUUUGCAACCUGUUGAGACACCAGCGACUUCACACGGGAGAGAAACCGUUUACCUGCUCCAGUUGUGGGAAGGGAUUCACUCAGUUUUCGAACCUGGUGACACACCAGCGAGUUCACACUGGAGAGAGGCCGUUCACCUGCUCUGAGUGUGGGAAGGGAUUCACUCAGUCAUCCCACCUGCUGAAACACAAGCGACUUCACAAGUGACUGUAGGGGAAUAAUUCUGCUGUGAUUGUAAUCACAUCCAGGACUGAACCAUGUUCAUUCUGACAGUUGGGGUUUGUUUCUGCUGAUGUUAAUAAUCCCUGUUACUGGGCUGGAGUUUAAUAUUCUGGAUCGAUAGCUGAUUGUGUUCUCGGGGCUGCAGUGUCCCUUUAAGAACUGCUGUCUAUGGUCUUUCCCCAUAAUUCAGGAACUCUCAUCAGAAAUUACUUUACAACAAGAUUCUGAACUUUUACUUCAAUCCUAAAUUGAUCUUUUGUACAAACUCUACAAUUCAGUGUCUGAGAGGUUCCACUGAUUAACAUCUCCAAUUAGAAAGUGCUGAUUAAUCCUUAGUGACAAUUCUUACUGACUUGCACAUUACUCACAGUGACACCUCCAUUAUCCACCAGAUAGAAGGGGAACGGGAAUUGAUGGAGAAUCGAAAGUUCCCAAAUGUUACCCCUCCCGCCUGGUACAGAAAUCUCCUCGGCAUCGGAAUGGAGACAAGAUCAAUCCAAGUAACGGACCACAAGAAAUCACUGUCUAAAAACCUUAUAAAGCCUUCAGAAAUUUAUGGAAUAUUACAGACUCAGCUCACUCUCUCUGCUAUGAAGAAAGCUUCCAUCGCAGCUUGCUGGCUGACAAACACAGGACAGGCCUGUUAUCUCUGCCAAGGAAAUGUCUCUAGCACAGGCCCUGAAAUAAGACAUUUCUAACCCUAAUACGAUUGGAUGAUAUGAACCAUAUGUAAAUCUACUCUCUGUGUAAAGGUUAUAACAGGCUCUCGAGAGCACAGAGAUUUUGAAGCAAUCCACACUGGCUUCAGCCCAACACCCACACUCUGGCUCACACCAGUUAACUGUUCACAGGAGACUGUCGCCACCAGCUACAGAGACCAGCGCUCACUCUGUGUCAUCCGUCCGUUUGUCCUCUGGGACCGGUAAACCGUUCUCACCUGUCAUGGGUCAUUUGAUUUUUCUGUCUAUUUAGCUUACACAUCAAAUUUAACUUAAUA